CAUGGAUGGAGCUGGAGUACAUUAUGCUCAGUGAAAUAAGCCAGGCUGAGAAAGACAAGUACCAAAUGAUUUCCCUCAUUUGUGGAGUAUAACAGUGAAGCAAAACUGAAGGAACAAAAUAGCAGCAGACUCAGAGACUCCAAGAACGAACUAGUGGUUACCAAAGGGGAGGGGUAUGGGAGGGCAGGUGGGGAGGGAGGGAGAAGGGGACUGAGGGGUAUUAUGUUUAGUACAAAUGGUGUGGGGGGUCACGGGGAGAACAGUGUAGCACAGAGAAGGCCCAUAGUGGAUCUGUGGCAUCUUGCUGCUCUGAUGGACAGUGACUGCAUUGGGGUAUGGGUGGGGACUUGACAAUAUGGGUAAAUGUAGUAACCACAUUGUUUUUUCAUGUGAAACCUUCAUAAGAGUGUAUAUCAAUAAUACCUUAGUAAAAAAUAAAAAAUAAAGAAUUAACUCAGUUGCCACAUACUCUCAACCAACAAGCUAGUAGGUCGCUCUUCAAAAGCAAUAGUUUUGGGGUACUGAACUAUUGACAUCUGCGCACACCAUCAGGCUUUUAUUUACAAACAUGGAAUGCGCUCCGUGUUUAAUGAAAUCACAGAAGUGCACGGCGGCGCAUCCCUCCUGGGAAGCCAGUCUGGAUCCACCAAAAGGGGAGACGGGGAAGGCAGGCGACGGGCGCCCGGGGCGGAGCGGCGUCUUCCUUCCAGUCGUCCCGAGCUGCCCUCGCUCCCGGGCCUCGCCGUCUCAUUUGCCGCCUUCCGACGCGUGACCCCGGCGCGAUCGCGUCCCGGGCCGGUGACAAGCGCGGGGUGCGCCAAGCGAUCCCAUGCGCCCCUUCCUUCUCGCGGCCGCCGCAGUCACCGCGCCCCGAGUCCCGCUGCGGCUGUUAGGCAGAGGGCUCGCCGCCGCCAUGUCCACCGCCGGGCCACUCAAAUCCGUGGACUACGAGGUGUUCGGGAGAGUGCAGGGUGUUUGCUUCAGAAUGUACACGGAAGAUGAGGCUAAGAAAAUAGGAGUGGUUGGCUGGGUGAAGAAUACCAGCAAAGGCACUGUGACAGGCCAAGUGCAAGGCCCUGAAAAGAAAGUCAAUUCCAUGACCUCCAGUACUGCACUGAAGGGGAAUGCGGAGAGUGGGCACCUUGUCUUGUUCCUGAUCUUGGAGGAAAAGCUUUCACCUCUCAUCAUUAAAUGUGAUGUUAGCUCUGGGCUUGUCACCCAUGGCUUUUAUCAUGUCAACAUAUGUUCCUUCUAUGCCUAAUUUGUCAAGAAUUUUUGUCAUGAAUGAUGUUGAACAUGUAGAUUAAUUUUUUUUCAUGUAGUUGUAUUUAUCAAUCUUUUCCUUUAAUUCUCCAGAUUUUAAAUAAUAAUGAGUCCUUACUCCAAAGUAAUAAAUUCUCCCUUGCA